UGGCAUGGAACAGUUCAAGAAGUCAAAGUCCAUUCAGUUAGCCUUGGUGCAGCUUAUGGACAAGUCAGGAUACGAUAUUCUGCAGGAGAAUGGACAGAGGAAGUAUGGCGGACCGCCACCAGACUGGGAGGGUCCGGCGCCACGCAUUGACUGCGAGGUCUUUGUGGGCAAGAUUCCGAGAGACAUGUAUGAAGAUGAGCUUGUCCCUCUCUUUGAGACAGCUGGAACCAUCUACGAGAUGAGGCUGAUGAUGGAGUUUAGUGGAGAGAACCGGGGCUACGCCUUUGUCAUGUACACCAAUCGGGAGGAGGCCCGAAAAGCUAUCGAAAAGCUGAAUGACCAUGAGGUUCGUCCAGGAAAGUUUAUCGGCGUGUGCGCCUCUCUAAACAAAUGCAGCCUCUUCCUUGACUGCAUUCCCAAAGACAAGAGUAAGGAGGAGAUCUUGGAGGAGGUCAAGGAGAUAACAGAGGGCCUUCUGGAUGUCACCGUGCUUCCAAGCUACAGAGGCAAAAACCGAGGCUUCGCCUUUUUGGAGUAUGAGACGCACAAGGCGGCGGCAUUUGCUCGUAAGGACUUAAUGGCUAGAAUGAAGCUGUGGGGCAAGACCAUCAGGGUGAACUGGGCCAAGCUGGACAAACACAGGAAAGGAGCAAACAUGCAGACCAUCAAAACAGCCCAUGUACGCAACCUGUCGCCGAGCACCACAGAGGAAACCCUGCAGCGUGAGUUUGAGCGCUUCAAACCAGGUGCAGUGGUGCGAGUGAAGAAGUUCACCCACCACGCCUUCGUUCACUUUGACUGCCACAAGGAUGCCAUCGCUGCCACCAAGCUCAUGAAUGGCACCACCAUCGACGGAACCGUCGUGGAAGUGAGCCUAGAUAAGUCCGGAUGGGAAGGGGUGGGGAGGAGGUCCGACAGUGAAGACUGCCAUGGUAGCAAGGCAGGGGGAGGAGCCAGGGGGCUGGUUGUCCCGCACGGUGCUGGCAUGAAUGAGCGCUCUGCUGUGGAAUCCAUGAACACGCCCCCUCAUUUCCAGUGGAGUCCGCAGUGUGGUGGUGGAUCAGUUGAAGCUAACCGGCGUGUGUUCCCGCUCAUUCCCGGCUCGCGGCUGUACCGCACCAGCCUGCGGCUGCUCCGACCUGCUCAGUUCAGGUCAGCUGUCAGUCUGCUGGAGUUGUAUUGCUGUAUAAACAACUUGCCACCCCCAUAUUACGAGCUCUUCUCUAUGCUGGGUCCGGAUGGGAGCCUCCUGCUGGUCUACAAGGUGGUGAUGCUGCUGACACAACAAGCCUUCAUACCAGACAGGUUAUGUGUGCAGCUGGAUGACGCUAAAGAGCUAGCUGCACAAAACACACUGUGGAAUCUUGAGACAUCCUUCAUUAAUGAUUUGUCCAGAAGUACGUCCCCUGCGCAGUCCGCUACCACCAGUCCUGACCUGCUAUGGUAGAACCUUUGCGUCCUGUCUUGGCCCCAACUCCCCGUUCUGCCUGUUGUCACACUCCAGAGGGCACAAUCUGAGUCUUGUUUGGCUUUUCGUUCACACACGUUCAAAGGAGGGCCCAGCUGAAACUCAGGAGUUCCAUUGAAAACAUGUUCUGCUAGUCUGGUUAUGAUUGUUGUGUUAUAUUGUUGCGUUAUUGUUGUGUUUCAGUGUUUCGUG